CAGUCAAAAUACAGUAUUUCCUUGAAGCUUUAUUUUACAGACAAGUAACCUGAUAGCUCUGGGAUACUGACAUCAGUUAAUUGUAGAAUGUCACGUUACAAAAUAUCAUCGGCAACUGAAUCAUCAGCCUCUGUUUCAUUUUUCGGGAUUCCUUAUGCAGACUUUGACAGAACAGGACAUUGGGCAGUAUGGUGUAUUUCGAAGAUGUUUGAAGCCGCCCGAAUAAUUGCUUUGUAUAAUGGAUUUCUAAAUUUUACCAAAAUUGAUGGACGAGAGGCAGGCAUGGUGAUUGUCAAACAACAGUUGAAGCUCAACCCCAAAUUACACGAAAUGACUUUAAAGUCGAAAACUCAGCUGUUAUUUGAAAUGGAGCUACUGGAAGUCGGAAAAACGUCAAUCUUAUAUCGGAUACAAUUAAAAGAUGGAACGUCUAAUGAAAUUCUUGGUGAGAAUUUUCUGAAAUUCGUCAGAAUGAGCAGGAAAACAAGACGGCCCAUGGUAUUUCCAGACUGGUUCUAUGAAAUGUACGCAUCUUUCAUGAAAUCCUCAAAUCCUCCAGUUUUGUCGAAAGAACCUUUGCCUGAGAUUCCUGACAAUGCAUUUAAAUACACUGUUAUUCCAAACCACAGUGAUACGGACAGGAAUAAUCAUGUGAACCAAUCAUCUUACAUUAAAUUUUGCAUGGAUGUCGCUACCAAAGCAGCCUUAAAUGGACAUUAUGUUCACUUUACGGAAGACAUGUGUCUGUACGCCUCCCUUCAAUGGACAAUAAGUUAUGUAGGUGAAAGUAUGGCCAAUGACGAACUUCAUAUAUUUACUUGGCAAAAGGAGUAUAAACCCGGGCAUAUAAAUUUUUCUAUUUUGUUGAAAGAUAGACCAAUUUUCCAUGCCUCGACAAUUUUUGACGAGGAGGCAAAAGAACUCAGAAUAGCUUCUAGAAUGUAAAAUAAAGAGUAUAUUGAAAAUUUUAAAAGAAUAAGAUUCCAAAAGAAUACAAAUACCACGUUAAUCAUAUAAAUAGCGUUUUAUUUUCCUUUUUACGUGAAAAUGAAAUUAUGAAUUAUACAGAUUAAGUAAUUCGUACACUCUAUGUAAAUACUAUUUAAAAAUUGAUAUAC